UAUUCGGAGCCUUCCGGCAAGACUCCAGCACCCUCUUACCAGGGUCCUCUCCCGCUGGUCCUCCAGGCGCCACCUUUUUUGCGACCGGCGUUGUGUUGCCGGACCCGACGAGCAGGAUUGACAGUGAAUCCCACGUAAACGCGGCCCCGAUGCCGAGGGUUCUGGCAGUAGAGCAGGUAGACACCGAAGAAGCGCCCCGGUCUUGCUGUAGGUCCCAUCUGGACUUACUGGGUUGGAGGUCCGAAGUCGGGGGUGGUUUCCGGGACCUCGGACCUGGGAAAGGGCUGGGUAGCCAGGACUGCAAAACGUUAGUUGAGGAAAAAUCACUCUAGGAUGAUCGUGCAGCGCCCUGGAAACCCGGCAGCUCGGCUUGGUGCGCCGCCUGCUGGCAGGAGGAGGAUGAGCAAACGGGGCCUCACCGCCCGCCGCCUUCCUGCCCGGCUCCGAUUGGCUAACUGCUGAGGCCGAACCUCCCAAGUGUUGCGACUCCGCUGUGCCGGGAGACGGAAGUGCUGCUUUCGGAGCCGCCCCAGGGAGGGCGGAAGUGAACGGCGUGGAGGAAGUGGCUACAGUGAGGGCGGAAGGCGGGGUGGCGGGACCGGAGGCGAGGUUCUAGGCACGCCUGCCUGUGCCCGCGCCGGGCUGUAGCCAUGGAACUCAGCGCCGACUACCUCCGCGAGAAGCUGCGGCGGGACCUGGAGGCAGAGCAUGUGGAGGUGGAGGACACGACUCUCAACCGUUGCGCGACCAGCUUCCGAGUCCUGGUGGUGUCGGCUAAGUUCGAGGGAAAGCCACUGCUCCAGAGACACCGGCUGGUGAAUGAAUGCUUAGCUGAAGAGCUCCCGCACAUCCAUGCCUUUGAGCAGAAAACUCUGACCCCAGAGCAGUGGACCCGAGAGUGGCAGAAGUGAGGGACCCAGGCCUGAACAGCCAUUAAAUUGUAAAUCAGG